AAAGUCGAAAUUUUGAAAAACCUCGAUCAUCCGAAUAUUGUGCGUUGCAUCGAAACCUUUGACUAUCGAGAUCGCAUGUUUAUUGCGUUGGAACUGUGUAAUGGCGGUGACUUAUACACUCGCGAUCCGUACACAGAAAAACAAGCUCAGGAAAUUGUGCAAAGUCUCUUUGGAGCCAUUGCUUACAUUCACUCUCGCGGCAUCGUACACCGAGAUCUCAAAUUCGAGAAUGUCAUGUUUGUCAGCAUUCGUUCCUCGGAAGUUAAAUUGAUUGACUUUGGACUGAGUCAAAAGUUUGCUGCGAACGAGCAUUUGCACGAUGCAGUUGGUACAGUUUACACCAUGGCACCCGAGUUGCUCGCUGGAGACUACGAUGCGAAGGCCGACGUCUGGUCCCUCGGUGUCAUUGCCUUUAUGCUCUUGUCCAGCGCCAUGCCAUUUUAUGGGAAGACUCGGGACCGUGUCAUUCGUAAGAUCGUGCGCGGCAAGUACGACUUUAAAAGUCGACGAUGGAAGCAAGUGUCUGAGGAUGCCAAAAUGUUCGUUACCGGUUUGUUGCAAGUAGACAUUGCAACUCGGCCCACGGCUUCGGAUGUUUUACAGGACCAGAACAGCUGGCUACAACGAAAUUUUGACGUAAAUGGUCACGCGCCCGAAGUAGACAUGAUGGACAGCGUGCAAGCAGCAAUUGAGGCUUUUGCGGAUUACGGCAAGCUAAAAAAGCUAGCCUUGAUGGUGAUUGCGUACAAAUCCACCGAAGAAGAAAUUGGUUUUCUGCGUAAAGUGUUCAAAAAGUUUGACGUUUCGCAAAACGGUGAAAUUUCAUUAUCCGAGUUCUCCGCUGCGCUGAGGCGGCACUACGACUACACCGAUAGUGAGAUCUUUGCAAUGUUUCGAGGCAUAGACGUAGACGGGACGGGCAGUGUGCAUUACAUUGAAUUCUUGGGCGCUACAUUGCUUGCGCAUGGUAGUAUGGACGAAUCUCGUAUUGCCGAGGCGUAUGAUCGUAUCGACUGCGACGAUACGGGCUACAUAACAGUUGCCAAUUUACGAGAGUUUUUAGGAAACGAUGUCCCGACGAGGUACUUGGAAGAAAUUAUCGAGGAAGCGGACAUUACUCACGAUCACCGUAUCUCGUACGACGAGUUUUUGGCACUC